AUGAUUGCAUCAGGACUCAGCACCACCGUCGGCUUCAUUGCCGUGGUUGCAGUAUGCCGCCCAAUGGAGUACACUUGGGAUAAUGCAAGCGCCGCUACGAUAGUCCGACUGCCGUACUUGCAAUACUAUAACCAAGUCGAGAAUUACUUGCAUAACAUUGCAAAUAUUGUUUUGUGGUCGAUUCUCGAAUGUGGCAUCGGUAUCAUUGCCGGCUCGCUGCCGUCUUUGAGGCGACUGCUCAAGUUCUGGCUAGAUAAGUCCAGCAAGGGGUCUUGCAACAACACAGGGUCGAAUGGUCUGAAUGCUAUAUCUGGAAUGCAGGCUGGAAGCAACGGUGUCAGAAUGAAUAACCUCAGCGGGCGAGGCUUGACAGUUUCGAACUGCCAAAGUGGCCCUCACGACACCUGGGUUCAGCUGGAUGAUGAUUCCGAUAGCCAGAAGCACAUCAUCAUGAGAACUCAAGAAGUUACGGUCCAAUACGAACUAGAUGGUCAAUCUCGUGGACGUUGA